UGACGGAAUUCCUAAUCCGAACUCAUCUCCACGAGCUCUCAUCUCGCAAAUAUUUGUUACUUUUGUCACAAAAACAAAUGUUUAGCGUUGGUUCGUGUCUUCGAGCUCCGGCACUCCAAUGGCGGCACAGGAACACACGAUUCUUGAUAUUUUUCCAUUCCAAGAGAAAUCCCAGCUUCAUUCCUCGCUUCGUAUCGUCCUCUUCGACAAACGAUGAUUUCAAGUCGAAUUCAAUGCAUAAGAAGAAGAACCAGUUCAAUUAUGAUACUUCGGAGGAGUUAUUGGGUCUCGAGGUUGAUCUAAAGCCAAGGAAAGCUAUCCCUUCUGCAACAGAACCAAGGUCGUGGUUUGGUCCAAAUGGUCAGUAUAUCAGAGAGCUUCCUUGCCCAAGUUGCAGGGGUAGAGGUUAUACCCCAUGUACAGAGUGUGGGUUAGAGAGAUCUAGAUCAGAUUGUUCUCUCUGCAGUGGAAAGGGUAUAAUAACUUGUCAUCAGUGCUCAGGAGAUUGUGUCAUAUGGGAAGAGUCAAUAGAUGAGCAACCAUGGGAGAAAGCUCGCUCAAUUUCGCCUGUCAAAGUGAAGGAAGAUGAUGAAGUAGACAAUUUAGACAUGAAGGUGGAUUUGAAGAAGAAAUCGAAGCGGGUGUAUCAGUCAACUUCUCCUGAAGUUGGAAUGAAGAUUAGCCGAUCAUUAAAAAGUCUGAAUGAUAAAACGGGACUAUUUAGUAAGAGAAUGAAGAUUAUCCAUCGCGAUCCUAAGCUUCAUGCGCAAAGGGUGGAAGCAAUAAAGAAAGCAAAAGGAACUGCUGCAUCUAGGAAGCGCGCUUCUGAGGCUUUAAAAGCUUUCUUUAGUGAUCCAGAAAAUCGCCGUAUGAGGAGCAUUGCAAUGAAAGGGGUGAAGUUUUACUGCGGAAACUGUGGACGUGAAGGCCAUAGGAGAUUCUAUUGUCCAGAAAUCAAGGGUAGUUCAAUAGAUAGGCGGUUUAGGUGUCGGUUAUGUGGAGAAAGAGGCCAUAACAGAAGAACUUGCCCAAAGUCGCAGUUGAACAACCAGAAAAACACAGUUGCGAGGCAUCACCGCUGCAAAAUUUGUCGCCAAAGUGGACAUAAUUGCAGGACAUGCCCCCAAGUCACUGGAUUAAAAUUGGUCGAUAGUGCCGUGAAUCAAAAUUUCGUGACUUCAGAAAUAGAAUCUACUUUUGCUGAUCCUGUAGACGAAAAGGGCACAAUAUGACUUACACGACUAAUAAGCAGAGCCUUCAAGUCACUUGUAAAGAAUCAACCUUUGAAUUAGAAUCAUAGUUGUGUGUUUAUUAUUAAUUGAAUGUUUGUGAUAGGA